GGGGGAAAUUAGCUUAAUUUCAAUUACUUUGUUACGUAAAAAGUCGAAAAUCAUUUAAAACAGUUUAGUGCACUUUAGAAUUAAUUUGGAAAAGCAGGUAUAACCAUUAGGAGUUAUGGUUUGCUUUUUGUAAGAAUAUUUGCAGCCAAAACUUGUCACGACAAUUUUCAACUUUACGUCCCAGGGUUGAAACAGUUUCCCGCGCUCGUUUAGUCAGUGGUCAGUUCAAGAUGGCGGCCAGAACAAAAAUACCCGCGAGUCUUGUUUCUCAGUUUGUUAAUGUUACGGGUGCCUCCAAAGACAUCGCAAGGUCCUUGCUUGAAGCUUGUAACGGAAACUUAGAAAUGGCAAUCGAAAUGCACUUAGAUUCCUGCGAAGCUCCAGAAUCAAUGGCCAAUUCUUCGACAGCAGGACUAAGCCGUACAGCUGGUUCGAAUUCUACCAGUAACAAUUCUCACCCGGAUGGAGAUGACAUAAGAGCACCUAUCCCUCAGACGCAAGGUAUUUUAGUGGAACCAUAUCAAGCAUAUCCAACAAGAAAGCGGCAGGCAAAAUCAGUCUUUGAUGCAUUCAGGGAUUUCCAAGCUGAAGCAAGGCAGCAAGAAGGUAGAAGCAAUGUGUCUGAGCCAACAGGAAAGCAAAAGACAUUACAUGAUUUAUUCCGACCUCCAAUAGAUCUUCUGCAUAAAGGGACAUUUGAGACUGCUAAGGUUGAUGGACAGCAUCACAGUAAGUGGCUGUUAGUAAAUGUGCAAGACGUACGAGAAUUUCCAUGUCAGCAGUUGAACAGGGACGUAUGGAGUAAUGAAGCUGUUAGAAAUAUUAUCAAGGAGCGUUUUGUUCUCUGGCAGGUGUACAGAGACAGCAACGAAGGAGACAGGUUUAUUCAGUUUUAUCAUGUGACGUCGUACCCAUAUCUGGCAGUACUUGAUCCAAGGACAGGAGAGAAAUUAGCUGAAUGGGGUUUUAUGGAUGCCCAAACAUUUUGUGAAUGUGCUGCAGCAUUUCUUUUAGAACACCCAUCCCUGGAAGGAGACACACCCCCAGCCAAGAAAAGAAGAAGUGAAUCUAUUGUAGAUGCAUCUGAAGAUUCUCAACUUCGUGCCGCAAUUGCAGCAUCACUGGCGUGCACAACAUCCGCACUUAAUGAAGAAAACAGUGAUGACGACGAAGACGAGGACUUUGAUGACCUGGAAUUUAGUGAAUCGGAUUCUGAGGAGGAGCGCAAAACACCGCAAAAGAACAAUAAUAAGUCAAGUACCUCUGUUAAAAAGGAAGUUAAGAGAGAAAUAAACUUUGAUGAAUCUACUAAUAAGGCAAAAAGAGCCUGUGACGAAGGCAACGAAAUAUCACAGAAUGAACAUUCAAAAAGUACUAAUUCUGUGAAGCAAAAAUCUACUGCAGGAUUUGAAACAAACACAACUAAUAAAUUGAAAAAAAGUGAGGCAGAGGUCAGUGAAGCUGAUUCUACAUCUGAGGAAAAAGAUGAUUCAUCAAACCACAGAACACAGGAACAAGCAGGACCAAUGUGCAAUAUAAUGGUGCGUUUUCCCAAUGGAUCUCGAACUCACAUAUCUCUGAGUGCUGAAGCAUCCUUAAAGGAGCUCGUCCUACUCGUACAGAAAGAGGGAUAUCCCAAUGAACGCUUUGAACUCGUUACCAACUUUCCGCGGAGGAAAUUGACGUGUUUGGAUUUUGGGACGACUCUCAAGUCAGCGGGUCUUUUCCCGCAAGAAACCGUGUUUGUCCAAGAAAGAUUGUACUUAAAUGACCAGACAUUAGGUUCACCAUUUCAAUGCUUAAAUGGCUCAUAUUUACAUGUAUUCCUUGUUUUAGGAGAGAAAUUAGCUGAAUGGGGUUUUAUGGAUGCCCAAACAUUUUGUGAAUGUGCUGCAGCAUUUCUUUUAGAACACCCAUCCCUGGAAGGAGACACACCCCCAGCCAAGAAAAGAAGAAGUGAAUCUAUUGUAGAUGCAUCUGAAGAUUCUCAACUUCGUGCCGCAAUUGCAGCAUCACUGGCGUGCACAACAUCCGCACUUAAUGAAGAAAACAGUGAUGACGACGAAGACGAGGACUUUGAUGACCUGGAAUUUAGUGAAUCGGAUUCUGAGGAGGAGCGCAAAACACCGCAAAAGAACAAUAAUAAGUCAAGUACCUCUGUUAAAAAGGAAGUUAAGAGAGAAAUAAACUUUGAUGAAUCUACUAAUAAGGCAAAAAGAGCCUGUGACGAAGGCAACGAAAUAUCACAGAAUGAACAUUCAAAAAGUACUAAUUCUGUGAAGCAAAAAUCUACUGCAGGAUUUGAAACAAACACAACUAAUAAAUUGAAAAAAAGUGAGGCAGAGGUCAGUGAAGCUGAUUCUACAUCUGAGGAAAAAGAUGAUUCAUCAAACCACAGAACACAGGAACAAGCAGGACCAAUGUGCAAUAUAAUGGUGCGUUUUCCCAAUGGAUCUCGAACUCACAUAUCUCUGAGUGCUGAAGCAUCCUUAAAGGAGCUCGUCCUACUCGUACAGAAAGAGGGAUAUCCCAAUGAACGCUUUGAACUCGUUACCAACUUUCCGCGGAGGAAAUUGACGUGUUUGGAUUUUGGGACGACUCUCAAGUCAGCGGGUCUUUUCCCGCAAGAAACCGUGUUUGUCCAAGAAAGAUAACAGGGUUAAAAGCAUACUGAAUCUGAAAGCGAGUGCAUAUGCCAUGAGUGCACAUGACUGUAGGCUUUCGAAGAUUUCACAGACCCUCUCGAAGCAGCGAGCCAAACAUCCGCCAGUCGGCAAGAAAUACCGUUAGAAACAUGUAGAUCUGUACAUCUAAGGUAAAAUAAUUACGCAAGUAUGUUCCAGUUAAGUACGUAUAUUACGAGAGAGGGAAGUGAUUCAGAAAGAGAAUUAAAUAUUUUGUCACUA